AUGUCGAGCAUAGCCACCGGUGAGAAGAGUGAAGAGUUCCCAGGGGCUAGGUUAGUCGAUACCGCUAAGAUAUGUCUUGUCUCUUUCCAGAAAUGCCUCAACGACGCGAGCAGCGCUCAAAAGGCUGGCUCAGCUGUGAGCACAAAGUCAUCUAUUGUUCAGAUUGAAGACCAACUGGCGAGGUUCUCACUUUGGACAGCCAAUCUUCGAGUCUUCAGUAUUAAUCGAGAUUCCCUCGAUAGUCGUUUACGGGAGGCGCCUGAUGUUAAAUAUGCCAUCACUAGCCUUUUGGAAACGCUUGACCACCAUCUGAAAACCUCCGCUAGCAUCCUCGUCUCAAUCGCAGCGAAUGCGAAUCUAAACUAUCCGGAGAAUUCGAUUGCAACCUUCAAUGAUUCACUUGACGAAUUGCGAAAUGACAUCACUUUACUUCAUAAGAUUUCUAACACAAUUCGCCGGGCAAGUAAAGAGACUCAAAACAUCAAAGCUUCCAAAGAUUUCGUCAUCGAGGAUGAUGAGGGCAACGACGCGGAGCCGUUCCUUCGACAGCUAUUCAUCAACUACAUACACGAUCGAUUUCCUGGAAUAGACGAGAGCAUUCGUAACCGCCUCGCAGAUUCGAUGGUUCUUCGUCGAAAAAGAAUUCUCUUUCGCAGAAAGCGUUAUGGAACGACAUCAAUACGUCUUCCAGAGCCAGUGGCCAAACCUGUGAUAUCGCGUCCGAGGUUAAAUCCGACCGAUCACGAGACCCAUGGAUCCAAUAAGCGCCGUGCGGUCGAGGCAUCAGCCCGGAGUCAGGCACAGUCUGUGACAAAGACUGCAACAACGCUCUCUCCAGAGAAAUUUAGAAAGGCUAGUGUACCAUCCGUCAUUUCAGUUUCAAAGACCGUUGCGCUCAGUGGGGCCGAGGAGCUGUGUUUUCCUCCUGCGCCGAUAGGGAGUCUGAUGCGGAAAUACAAUAAGAUGAAGAGAGAAAUAGAAUGCCGCGGGAAUGAAUCCAAAAUUCCGACCUCGCAGGAGAAGCGCAGUGGAGAAGGAAAUGAGCAGAUCGAGCGUAUGAAGCAAAAGCUAGAAUUAGCUGAAGCCUGGAAUAGCUGUAUCGAGGCAGUACCGGAGGUUACUUGUCCAUACUGCUUCCAUGUCCUUCCUAUUCGCGAUGUCAUCGACGACAAAAAGUGGAAGAUGCAUGUCAAGGACGAUCUUGAUCCCUACGUCUGCCUGUUUGAGGAAUGCGAAUCUCCAAAUCAUCUGUACUCACAUAGCGGACAAUGGAUGAAACACAUGAGAGAUCAUACUUUGCGAUGGCGCUGUAAAUCGAAAGCUCAUGAAGAGUUCAUCGUUAAGACGAAGGCAGAUUACAUUCAACACAUGAAUACAUGUCAUCCUGGCAAAUUUAAAGACGCCCAGCUCGCUGUAUUAGCUGACCGAGGGGCUUCGACGGGCGGACCCCUCUUCACAGCUUGUCCCCUUUGCGGUGUCGACAAGACUGACAAAUCGAUGGAAAGCCACGUUGUGAGUCACAUGCGGCUGUUGGCUCUCAAGUCCCUACCGGCUACACUUGAUGACGCAGAUGAAUUGGAUGAGGCCGAAGAUCGACAUGACAGUGGGGAUACCUCCCGUGCACAAAGUCGAAGUACAAUCAAGCGAGCUCUUGAAGAAACUGGGUCCCUCAGUCCACCAGUCGCUGAUGAGGCUUGGUAUGGGUCACAGUGGGGGGACGAUGAAGUCUUUGGGGGGUCCUCGCUUGCUUCAGGAGAUGGAUUGUUGGAUCAUGUUCCAGCCCCUUCCAGUUAUGACCAUGAUCCUGACCUAGAUGAUCCUGUGCUUCAACCUUUCAUCCAACGUGUUUCAAAUCAUGAAAGUCCGAAAGUCAACUGGAACCCACGCCCGGAUACUUCCCAGAGUCAACGGCUGGGGUUCAUGGACCCAGAUUGCGCUAUUUGCCAUGCUCCAGCCAGCAUGGCCUGUGACUGUGAAUCCAAGGCCUUGGAACUCGCCGUCAAGCAGGCAGAAGAUAGAAUGCUAAGGUUAGUGGCUGGGGAGAUCAGAGACUGGGUAAAGGAUCAUGCGCAAGACUACAUGAACCGGCAGGCUAUGCCCGGAGACCUUUACUGCAAGGAUGGGAAGGACAGGGAGCAAAAUAUUCCAGAACAAGCAUCCGGGGAUAAAGGGCAACUUGAGAGGUCGAACGUUGAUGUCGACUUCUUAAAGACAGCAGAGUACUACUUCGGCCUGGUGGAAUUGACAUUACCUGCUGAAGAUGAACCUGCGGUACGGAACCCACCGCUGGGUAAAGUUCCUUAUAGGGACAGGAAGCCUUCCGGGGGUCGACCUAACGUCGAAGGCAAAGAGAGCGGCGCUGUAAAUACAGCCAUCAUCCCUCCCGGCUACUACUCGUCUGAUAGUAAUACAUCUGGUAAUGAGAUGCCCAGCAAUGCGCAAGAUACCAACACAGAUAGCAAGGGAUCGCAAACUAUAAAUUCUGUAUCAGACCCUACGACCACCCUACUCUCUUUGCAGCCCUCAACUGGAUCUGAGAAAGCCGCCUUGGAUACCACCACAGAAACUAACAAGGCAGAGACCGAGACCGCUACCACGCUGGUAGCCAGCACUACUGCUACAACUGAUGUUGACAUCACUACUACCGAAAGCGAAUCAACAAAAUUCGAGACUUCGACUGCAACGACUGAAGCUACCACCUCCGGUCAGAUAACCUCAACAACCGUGGGAAUCACAACCACCACAGAUGCUGUGACUACAACCACCGAAGCUGAGACCACAACCAAAGAGGCUGCCUGUCCCCGAGUCACAGUCCUGGCCAAUCCUACGCCAAUCUUUGUCUCGGAGCCAGACGGUACUAUUUAUGACGAUACUUACCAGGGGGUCACCUUACCGUUUCCAGUCAGUGUCUUUGGUAGUUCUUCAUCUACUGUCUAUGUCAGCGUCAAUGGCUUCUUGUCACUAUUCGACAGCGGCGGUUUCUUCACAAACCGAGCACUGCCUACCGAAGGUGCCCCUCGCGUUGCUAUCAUGCCCUACUGA